UCAAGCAAUAUUUGCAAUUUUCAUCAAGUAAACAAAUGGAGAACGUGUGUAUUGAAAUGAAUGAAUCCGAUUCUGAAAAUGUACCGACUGUAGAAGAAAUAGAGUGGAUGAAAUUAAAAAAAGCACGUUUUAAAGAAGGAUAUGUUGAUGGCAAAUAUGUUGGCAGUGAAACAGCGAAAGAAAGUGGAGAAGAGCACGGAUAUGUUAAAGGUUUCGAAGACUCGUUUAAUUACACGCUAUCCAUGGCGAUGGGCUUACUUGGUGUGAAUCAAUGCAUAUUAAAAAACAUUGAAUCACCGCUUCUUCACCGUGCGAAAGAAAUAAAAGUGUCUCUUGACAGCUUCAGAAAGAAAUACAAUGCCAUGAGAAUGAAGGAAGUGGAAUGCAGUAAUGAAAAAUGUCAGGAGGAAAGCAUGGAUGAUCCUACAGUUGAAUUGUUACAUGACGAAAAUUCGAACCUGACAUCUGAAAUCUUCUCUACCGAAAGUGGAGGAGAUCCUGAAUCUUGUCAUUGUAAACGCAAUAGUAAUAGGGUGUAUGUAACACGGGAAGAUUUGUGCCAGCUGAAAUUGGAAAUAUUGGAUUUCUUAAAUGCAUGCCAUCAACCUUUGAUUCUGGGACAAAUGACUCGUAUUUUUGAAGACUUGGAUAAACUGCUGAUAGAAUCCAACGCUUCUAAUCAGAAUCCCUCUGAUCCUCCCAUUUCAAAGACAUUAAGCGAAUCAACCUAAAAAGAAAGAUGGAGUGUUAAGGUAUUCUGCAGCUUCCUGUUCGAUGAUAGAGCAGAAAUUGGGAAACAAGAAGAGUCAAGACAGUUUGGAAUGGAAGGUUUCAUACCGAAUAAAACAUCUGCCUAUGACAUUUAUCUUAGCAUCCUGAGCCCACCGCUGCCAUAAUCAAUUAAUUGUAUAAGAAUGCGUCAGAGGAGUUGAUUUUGGUGGAUAAGUGCAUGCAAGCAUGACUCUCCUCUAGAAGAAACUAAGUACAUAUCUUAAAAUAGUAUCAAGUUGAUCACAAUACUCAAUUGAAGAAUUUCAUAGUUAAUUUUGUAGAUAAAUCUAUGAAUAUUAGUUAAUAUUUGACUUUUCUAUAUAAUUUUUUUUUAUUUUUCAAUCAUAUCGAAGAAAUUAUUAUUAUUAUUUUAGAGAUAGUUCUUUGAUAAGUUAAUAAUUUCUAGAAAUUUAUUGUUUUAUCUUUAUAUUUACAUCCUUACAACUUUAUGUCACUCUUUUUUAAAUAUUAAAAUGUUAUUUAAUAUAUAGAGAGAACUAGAAAACAUAUAAUUUGUUGAAUUAAGAUUAAUAAUGCAUAGAAUUUCUGAAGAAUUUUUGUAGCAUUCAAAGUUCUAGUUUUUUCUGAUACUGAUCAAUUAAUCGAGUUCCUUUUAUUCUUUUAGGUGUAGCAUUCUUUAUUGUGUUUAAUAUAGUAUUAAAGUACUUUAAACCUUUCUAAUGAGUGUCAAUAUUAUUUAUCAAUGAAACUACUAGUUACUUUGCAUCCUAGGCAGUGUUAAAUACAUUCAUGUAUAAUUCCUGAGUUGUAAAAUCUUCCAAAAUCUUACAUCUGACUUGAUUUGAAGAGAAAUAAUAUUUGCAAAUAAUUUUUUUUAUUUAUCUGUUCCUAAAUUAUUACAAAGUUAUUGUGAUAUAAUGUAUUUUCAAUGCAACAAUGAUGAAAUUUGUCAAAAAUAUUGUCUAAGCUAUCUUGAAGAAGACUUCUUAAACUGGAUUGAGAAGCCUAACUGGGGAGUAUUAAACUAUUGCAAAACUUUUACUGUGUCUUUUUCUUUUAGAUUAUGGAAAUUUUGUAAGCAACAAUAGUUUUUUUUUCUCUUAAGAAAAAUGUCAUAUUGACACGUAUAUACACACACACAUUAUUUCUGAUUAUCAUCUAUGAUAUAAUAAAGAAAAUAGUUUUUUUUUGUUCCUACUGUCAUAUUGAGCUUUAAAAAAUGACUAAUAUGUGUCAAAAUUUUGUUUUCCUGAUACUUAGUUUAUAUCGACUCUUUAUUUCCCAUGCUCAUGCUACUGGAGUUUUGGGAGAAUUUUAACAAUCAGAAGAUGACCAUGGUUCAUGUAUAUUUAAGAAAUCUUAGGCUGGCAAAUAACAUUGAUCAUAUUUAAUCAUAUUUUUACUGUAAUAUUCCAUUUUUUGUUUUUAUCAGAAAGGAAUUUUUAAAUUGAUUCGUAUUUCUUUUUCUUUCCUUCUGCAUUUCCUGUCCGAUUUUUGUUUUACUCUUGCAUUAUGCAGCAAAUAAUGUAAGAUAUAAAUUAAAUUAACAAUAUCUUAUUUCUUAUUAUAGUUAUCUUAUCUAGAUAAAUGCACUUUGUUUGAUUUCAUUAUUUAUCUCUGAUUUAUUUGAAAAAAUUUCCAUUAUUUUUAAUUUUUGAAUAAAUAUAUCUUGAUGAUAAAUUAAUUGAAAUUAUAAUGUUUUAUGAGAUUUUUUUUUUUUUUAUUUUUCAUUUUCAAUUUGAAACUUGAAUUGUAAAUUGCUGGAUAUUCUUUUUCUUUGUCCCCCCCCCCCCAAUAUGCUUAGGGAUCUUGUAAUUCAGAAGAAUAAAUCCAUAAUAAUAUGAUUGUCUUGUUUUUUUUAAAAAAGCAAAUGAAAUUGUAAAUUGAAUUAGUAAUUAACCAAAUACUAACAGUUUAAAUUAUAAUUAUACUAUUAAUGCAUUUCCCCCAAAUUACAUGUGAGUUUAAUGCCAUUCUAUGGUAAAAGUCAUUGUAUAUCUGCUUUACUUAGUUUUUUAGCCCACCAGGAGAAAAAAAAAUGCCUUUAUUUUUUUUAAAAGGAUUUUAAAGUUUUAUAUUUGUUUAUAGUUUGUUAAUGUAUAGUAUAUUUUCAUUUUAAAACAUUUUUUUUGUCAUGGCACAUUGAAUUUUUUGCUAUUUUACUAUGUAUAAAUUGCAGUAAUUCAUGUAUUGUUUGUAACUGUCUGACACUGAAAUUUUUUUUACAAGUUUGUAAGAUUAUUUUGGUAUUAUUAUUUUUAAGAUUAUUUGGUAAGAUUAUGUUAUCCAAAUACUUUUUUUUCUUCUUCUAAAUAAUAAUAUAUUCAGAUUCAGCUAUUUUUUGCAUUAUAUGCUACCUCCUAUUGCUUAAUUAUUUUGUUUUAUAUAAUCUGAAUUGUAUAAUUAAAACACGUUUGAAAAACAAAUCAAUUGAAAUUUUGUUUGAAUUGACAAAUUUUAUUCAAAAAAAUUUCAGUAUUAAUUGUUGAAUUUUUGAAAUUUAAAUUAUUGAUAUCCUUAGUUUAAUAUUAAAAGGUUUAUGAGACAAAAUAAAUAACCAGCUUCUAUAAAAAAAAGAAAAGAAAAAGGAAUGCUGUGAUAUGAAUUUAAACUUAAAAAGUGGUGAGCUUUUUAUGUUGAAAUGAAAAAUAUGAAGGUUUAUUUUACAAAAAGUAUAAUUAAUGGAUUUAAACAUAUUGC